AUGCACAGUGCAUCAACUCCUCCUCUGUUUCUGCGAGGGCAUUACUGGCAAGAUAAAUUUCACCUCGACGCUGCAGCCGCCGGAAGAGGCGGCGCCACCGUCGCCGGCACCGUUCUUGUAGGUUUGAGCGUUGGCAGUGACGGUGGCGUUGGUUGUUGCGGUCGCGCCGUCUCCACUGAUUACGUUAGCCGUGACAGUAGUCAUCACGGAACCGCUGUUGCCCGUGACCGUGAUGAUCGCAUCGCCGCCGUUGCCCGUGACGGCGGAGUUGGCGCCGUCGCCGUUGCCGUUGGCGUUGCGCAACGUGAUGCACUUUUGGCUAAUGAAGCUACAAAGAGGUUUACAUCAAGCAAUCAGGUUCUUGUGAAGAUAGCGUGCACAAGGUCACCUAAAGUGUUAAUUUUGGAUAGGGAUGCUUAUCAUGCUCGUUAUAAGAAAUCCCUUGAAGAGGAUGUUGCUUAUCACACCACAAGGGAGUUCCGCAAGCUUCUUCUGCCUCUGGUGAGCUCAUAUCGAUAUGUUGGUGAUGAAGUGAAUAUCUCCCUCGCAAAAUCAGAGGCUAAGAUACUACAUGAGAAAAUCAAGGACAAGUAUUACAGUGAUGAUGAUGUUAAGUACAGGGCCGCUUUUGAAUGCCUUGCCUACCCUGAGAACUACUUUGAGAAGGAUCUGCGAGAAGCAAUCAACAAGCGCGGGACUAAUGAGGCUGCUUUUACUAGGGUUGUGGCUACUAGGGCGGAGGCUGAUCUGAACAUAAUUAAGGAGCUUUACCACAAGAGGAGCAGUGUACCUCUGGGGCGUGCCAAUGUCAAGGACACUCAUGGAGAUUGUGAGAAAUUGCUUGUUGCUUUGAUCAGGAAGAAUGAUGCUUGA